AUGAUAUUAGUUUUUGUUUUUUGUUUUUUAGUAUAAAUGAUUUGAGCUGGUAAAAACAAAUUAACUAAAGUCAGUAAAUAACAAGAUGAGCACGCAUUAUUAACGUCUAGGUAUAGUGUUCAGUCUGAGUGCGGAAAGGUUGGAGAACAAUUCGUAUAGCUAGUGUGAGAGAGAAACGGAAUGGAUCUUCCCACGUCAUGUGAUACUUUUGUGGUGUUGCCACCAUCAACAGCGCAAGGCUUUAUUGUGUUUGGUAAAAAUUCCAAUCGACCUUCUGGAGAAGUUCAAGAAGUCGUUUAUUUUCCUGCUGCUGAUUACCCAGCCGAUUCAAAAAUUCAAUGCACCUACAUCGAAGUAGAACAGGUGCCCCACACACAUUCUGUGAUCUUGAGCAAACCUGCUUGGAUGUGGGGUGCUGAGAUGGGAGCCAAUGAAUAUGGAGUUUGUAUAGGGAAUGAAGCUGUUAGAACCAAACUUAAUGGGCCUGAAGAUGAUGAAGAAAGACUUCUUGGAUCAGAUCUUGUAAGGCUAGGCUUAGAAAGAGCAACAACAGCUUUAGAUGCCCUUAAAGUAAUAACUGAACUACUAGACAAGUAUGGACAAGGAGGACCUUGCUCAGAAAGUGGACAUAUCAACUCAUACCAUAGCAGUUUCCUGAUUGUUGAUCGAAGUGAAGCUUACGUUUUGGAAACGGCUGGAAAAUAUUGGGCUGCUGAACAUAUUACCAGUGGACACAGAAAUAUAUCCAACACAUUGUCUAUUGGCACCAAGAUAGACCUCAUGCAUGAUCACCUUAAAGAAUAUGCUCAGAGCAGUGGACUGUGGGAUCCCAAUCAAGGGGACUUAAACUUCUGUCAAGUCUUUGGAGAUCACAAUGAAACAGACACGAAGAGAUUUAACUGUGGAAAGAACUUGUUGUCAAAGUUAUCAGCCUCUGGAGAGUUUGGGAUUUCUUCCAUGCUGACUGUGCUGCGUGAUUCGGACAGUGAAAUUUGUCGUGGACCAGUUCAUACGUACCCAACAGCUAGUAGCCAGGUUUCUGUCAUAACUUCUGUGAAUUCACCUCGUCCUUGCUGCCACUGGUUCACUGGAACCCCAGAUCCUUGUCACUCUAUUUUUAAACCUUUCAUCUUCUGCCCAAAAGUUCGCAUAUCUCCCCAUAUUCAAUCACCCAAGAUACCAGAGGAAGAAGAUCCUGCUAAAAUUCAACCACGUUUUCAAAAGACAGUCGAUCGUAGUCAUGUCUUGUAUAGAUACCACCAGAGGGCCUACUCGGUGAUGACGGGUGAUGGUGACGAAGGUGAGGAGCUGUGUAAAACCAUGCAAGAGUUGGAAUCAAAAUGCUUGCAGGAUAUGGAGAGAUUUCUGGAUAAUUUCACUCCUGAAAACUAUAGUGAUGCUGCAGACCUUUUUAAAGAUAUAGUAGAAUCUGAAAUAAAGUUUUAUAAGUAACUACAAGUAAGGAAGGGUGGGUUAAAAGUCAAACCUUAAGCAUUACCUUUUCUUUUCCUAUAGGGCCUUGCAAGUUUACUUAUUGCUAAGCAUUAUCAAAUAUACGUGCAUUUGGAUAAUUGAUCCCACUCCGAUUUUACAGCAGUGAUGUCCACACACACGCUUCUAACAGAUGGAACUAGCUAAGUGAUUAUUAGGUAUACAUAUACUCUAGUUGUUUCUGUUGCAUAAAGCUUCGUGUCCUGGUAGCAGUGCUUGUAGGCUGUUGAAUAAUCUUUUUGAGUCUGAAUAGUUACAAUGAAGUUAAUAUUUUGUCAAACCAGCCGUAUUACUACAUCAUCAACAACUUUGUAGUUUAAAUAUUGGAGGUGUUUGUGGUUACAAAUUUAUUUUGUAGCACAUUCUUAUCGUAGUGUUUUUAAAUUUGAAACUUCUUGCAGUGCGUGUGUGCUCACAUGUCUCACCUAGAAAAGUAUAUAAACUAUCUUUUUAUGUAUUAGCAGUGUUUCUUGUGGAUAUUUCAACACUGAAUACAAUACUCAAUCUGUGGUAGCUACAUAUUUCAGUACAUGUUUGUGCUAAAACACAGGAUUUCAUGUUAUGCAGUUUGUUGAAGAAUAAGUUUCAAGUAGUUUGUAUUUAAACUUUGUUAUAUGAUCAAACCACGUGAUUGUCGCAUGCUCUUUAAUGGUUGAAGAAGUUUCUAACUUUAACUCAUCCUAUAGAUCAGGUUCAACAACAUAACACAAUUUUUAGUUUGUCUUCAUAGUUGAUUUGAUUUUAACAGUUUGAAAACACUAUUUCUAAAUUCAUGUACUAGAGUCUACAAUCCAAAAUGAACCACAGCAAAGAGAAUACACUUAAAGUAAGAUUUCUCUUAGGUUUAUUGUCUGUAAUAUUUAAGAUAAAACCUGCAUAUUCUUUUAAUUUAGAAAAACAGAUUUUUGUAUUUACAUCCAGAAUUCAUAUCUUUCUAUUUCUUAAUGCUUUAAUGGGUCAUUAUUAAUUACCCUAGGUAACAAAAUUAAUUAGUAUCUUGCAUGCUUGUUUUUGAGUUUUUAUGGUGAUAUUGUGUGAUAUACUUGUAUAUUAUGUUUAACUUUAUUUCUGUGAUAUAUUUCUUUUUGUUUUAUAAUUACAAUGAAACUUUCCUUUGAGAAAUUAUAAUUUGAUACAAAAUCCUUAACCAUACAGAUGUUUUUCGUGAUACUUGCAAAGUUGGGUAGUUUCCAAGCAUAAGAAUAUGAUAUAUUUGUAUAUUAUGUUUAACUUUAUUUCUGUGAUAUAUUUCUUUUUGUUUUAUAAUUACAAUGAAACAUUCCUUUGAGAAAAAUUAUAGUUUGUUUUUCGUGAUACUUACAAAGUUGGGUAGUUUCCAAGCAUAAGGAUGUAGUUAGUUUUGUAAUAGAUUAACAAAAGAAUAAUAAUUGAAUAUACUUGCAUUAUGGCUUUAUUUACAAAUUUUUUCUUCUCUCUCUCUCUCUCUCUCAAAGUAAAAGUUUACUGACUCAAUUUUCAUCUUACCUUAAAUAAAUUCCACAAUAUUUUUAACAAACUGUAAUAAUGAUAAUGUUUAAAUUUGGGUUCAGCCUCUGUAGUUCAUUAUCGUAUACCUUGCUUUUUUUUUAUUAGUUAUUUAGUCCACUUUUUAUACUUAAUGUAUGGGUUGUGGACAUUGAAAUUUAAACUGAUAAUAAGGUAUUGUUCUUCUAGUGACUUCAUAAAACUGAUCUAAUGCUCUAUCAGGAUCCAUAUUCAACCAACUUUCCACUAUAUUUGUGUAAUGUUAGUAAACUUAAAUGGGGGUGGGUCUGCUUUAAGUGACAAAAUCUUUAACUUUUUCUGACUUUCUUUUUUUUUGUUGUCGUUGUUGUUUGCUAACUGAAGAAAGUUAUUGUGCUACCCAAUUAUAAUCGUAUUGGUAAAACAUCUCAAGCUUUAAUAAAUGCUGGGGUUUUGUGUUGCUCAUUGUCAUAUUUUGUUAUACUUUAAACAUGCUGCUGUAAAAUAAAUUUAUGAAUUACGGAUUAUUGUUAUCAUAUUUAUUUAAUAACAAUUGAUUAAUGUAAACGUUUUUCAUCUUAACACUUGUCACUGGAGGUAAAUUUUAUGUAGUAUAUUUUUUAGUCUUGAGAGUAAAAUUCUCGGUACUGGUCCGUAACUGUGCUAACAAUUUACAUUCCUUUUAUCCUAUUUGAACAAGUGGUAUCAGUUGAUUGUAUAAAACUAUGAAAGACAGUUUAAUAGUGUUUUCAUACAAAGGUAUAACUCUCCAUGCAAGUAGAAAGAGUGAUAAUAAAGAAAAAUGUGAAGGUUAGGUUAAAAUGAUAAAUUUCUAAAUUUUAUCUUCCAUGAAGAAAAACUUUUUUAUUGAUUACUUAAUUCAGUAUACUAUUUCAUUAGUCAAUUAGAAUUAUUGAUAAAACUCGUGCAUUUUUUACCUACUUCAGUGCAAUCCUACAUCUUUAAAUGCUCUGAACAGUGAAAACCAAAGAAUUUAACACAGUCCUCAUACACACAAGUCUAGAGUUUUGAUUUAUUGAAAAGCUAAGUUUUUUUUGAGAUAAAUAUUUCAGUAAUAUAUGAGAAAAGAGAGCUGUUCUCUUACAGUGUUAAGUCAAUUUUUUUUUUUUUAAAGUGUAAAGAAAAAUAAAAUAACCUGUUCUGAGGAGUAUGUAAUGCCCUAGUUCAGGAUGUACAAUAAUCGGGGGAUAUUUUAGUCAGAGUAGUAGGUAUGUGUAUUUAUUUUCAUGUUUUAUUUAUUGUUUACUGUACACAGCUAAAGAUUACCAUGUAAUACCAGAUAAUAUUGUGUAAUGUUGUUUUUGGAAAAAUACUUAAUCUGCAAUGCAAACUAAAAUUAUUUCUCUCUGUGUGUCACUUUAUAAUGGAAAUGAUUAAAUAAAUAACAUUCAAAAGUUAACAGAUUUACAGACAUAUAUUACUUCUGUCUUCUCCUACAACAGUUUUAUGUUCUUAUCAUAUGUUAUUUUCUGUUAUUUGUUUGCAAGCUUUGUUACUGUUUUGUGGUAUAAUAUUAUUGCUUAUUUCAUGGUCUGGUAUAUUUACAGUUUAUUGCUUUAUUUUUUAGUUCUUUACACCUACACCAUGAAAUAAAGCAAAAUGUUUUUUUAAAUUAAUAAAGAAUUCUGCAUAAAUUGUAUAGUCUGU